AGGCAAAACAUGGUGGCCGCAGCUUGUAACGCAUGCCGCAGACAGAAGACCAAGUGCUCUGGCGACAGACCAGCUUGCACUCGCUGUCAACAGCGACGCGUUGAGUGCCUCUACACCACACAGCCUGGAGAAACCGAGUCUCAAGCCUUGAGGCGGGAAUAUCGAGACACGCGGCACAAAUCAACAAUUUUCCAAGAGCUUUAUGAUCUUUUGCAAAAUUUAUCUGAGAAAGAAGCUGAAACUGUCUGGCAAAAAAUCAGAAGCGGAGUGGACGCCACCACACUUCUGACAUACCUCAAAGCAGGGAAUUUGCUGCUGCAACUGGCCGUCGCUCCCGAAACGCGACUUCGAUAUGAAUUCCCCUACCAAUCAAAAAUGCCUGAGUAUUACCUUGGAAAUAAUCCUUAUAUGGAUUCAAUGAUUUACGAGGCGGCCUCGCUCUACUCCCAGGCUUCGGGCAGCACCGCCUCUAAUCGAGCCGACGAUCCAUAUUCGAAUGUUAGAGAUGUUUAUCUUAAGCCAUUUCAUGCUGCUGAGGUUAUUGACCCUCGGCUGACUGAUGUAAAAAUAUCAUCGUGGACUGCUGUUUGUAAAGACGAUGUGCUCAUGCGACAGCUUCUCUCGGUCUUCUUGAGAUGCGAGUACCAUUUCACAUCGGCAUUUCAGAAGGACUACUUCCUGGAUGACUUGGUGGCGAAUCGAAGCGAUUUUUGUUCAUCGCUGCUCGUCAAUAUUAUCCUCGCUUAUUCUUGUGUCUGCUUUCCGGGUCUGAAAGACCGUGCUGAGUAUUGGAAUCCCAAAGCACUCGUAUAUCGCUUUAUUGCGGAAGCGAAAAAUCUUUGGGAGCUGGAAAUUACGCCGCGGAUCACCACAAUACAAGCCGGUAUACUGUUUAAUGUCUACUAUAAUCUCUGUGGCCUAGACAAAAUCGGGCAGGCAUACAGGAUCCGUGCCAUAGAUAUAGCUCAUGAGAUGCGUCUCUUCGAUAGCAAGGUGAGCGGACGCAAUUACAAGAUGCAGAGGAGCAUGGCUUUCCUCGCAUGGACUUUAUUCAAUUGGGAAACACUUGUUGGCUUCUCCUUCAUGUUCACCCCUUUGCUCAAAGAGCCUCCAAGCUGGACUCUGCCAGAUCCUUCUCACGAUACAAAUUGGUAUGGGGAAAUAUGGCUCAAGUACCCAUUGACUAAUGUCCUUUCACCAUCAUACUUCGGCCACAUAUUUCUAGCCAAAUCCCAAUUUCGAAUCAUCAUGAAUGAGUUUUGCUGCACAGCUUACUCUGAAGGCUCACAGGUAACCAUUGAGAAGGGUUACGAACUUCGUCUAAAACUGAGACGCUGGUAUGAUGGCUUGCCGGGCCCACUCCAGCCAAGAACAAUUGUGUUACCUGCACACUUGCAGCUUCACAUCUACUAUCAUCAUCUGAUCCUGACCAUCUUCGAGCCCUUGAUGGACACGGAAACGGACCAAGACCCGUCACCACAGCAAAUAGUUUCUGAAUCCAAGAAAUAUCUUCAGACGCUCAUUAGACUCUACUAUCUGCGCCAUGGAUAUGAUGCUAUGGACCUAUUCAUCGUCAUACCACUCAUGCUUGCCGGUUCUGAGUGCGUCGAGGCUAUUAACGACCAAACCCCCGCAGCCGAGCUCGAGGUUUUACGCUCUACGCUCAUAUUGGUUGCAAAUGGCUUAUACAGUCAACGUCGAAAUCAUUACUUAGCCGAGGCACUGUUCCGUGUUAUUCGUGGGCGAAUGCGACCGUCAGAACUUUCUCUACUAAGGACUACAAUGAAGAUAGACGAGCAUGAAUGGGAUGAGAAGAAUAGAAUGGCGCAAGAGGUGAGAAGCUCGUGGCCAGUGAGCGUCGUCAAGAAGAAGGAAGAUCUGGAUUCU